CACAAUCUGGUCACGGCGCAGCUAAAUUCAAUUAAUGAACAAAUAGUCGGAUUCAACGAAUCUAUGUCUUUUAUAAACACGCAGUUUGAGGAAAUGAGAGCUGUGAUAGAAGAAAAAUCCGCUGUUAUUAACCAAUUGAAAAAGGAAAAUAUCCAUCUUCAAGCAUCGGUAAAGGACCUCACAACCAGGCUUAAUAUUGUCGAACUGCAUAUGAGAGAAUGCAACGUUGAAAUUAAUGGUAUUCCAGAACAUAAAACGGAAAAUUUAGUCAAUACGGUAGUGCAACUAAGCCAAGUUGUUAAAAAUAAUAUUUCUGUUGAUGACAUCCAACAUGCUACCCGCGUAGCUAAGCUCAACAAAAGCACCGACAAGCCACGGUCCGUCAUCGUCAAGCUCCGUACCACAAAGCACCGUGAUGCUCUCCUAGCAGCUGUAGCACAAUAUAAUAAGAAAAAUCCUGAAGAUAAAUUGAGCUCCCACCAUUUAGGGAUUGGAGGAGCGCGAGCCCCUAUAUAUGUUUCGGAACAUCUUACCCCGGGAAGUAAAUCUUUACACGCCGCCACGCGCAUAAAAGCCAAAGAAAUGAAAUAUCGGUUCACGUGGAUUAGAAAUGGAAAAAUUUAUGUACGCAAGGAUGAAUUCAGUCAAGCAAUAUUAAUGAGAAAUGAAGACAGUCUUAAGCUCAUAGUUUAAAUAAUAUUGUAGUGAAUGUUAUGGCCUUAAAAUUCUUAACAGAGCUAGAGAUUUAUUAUCAGAAUGUACGAGGGUUAAGAACAAAGACCAAUGAUGUGCUUAAGAAUGUCUUGAUUUCUAACUAUAAAAUUAUUGUAUUCACCGAGACCUGGCUGAAUCCUGGUAUCUUUGAUAACGAAUUGUUUGAUUCCCGAUACAUUGUCUACAGAAAAGAUCGUAUUUGUUCCCAUCAAUCCAAAAAAGAUGGCGGAGGUGUUCUCAUUGCUAUCUCACGAGAGAUUUCAUCUUCUCGUGUUAUAAGCUGGGAAACAAAUGAUGAAGAUAUAUGGGUAGUUCUUGAAAUUAGCUGCAACAACGUUAUAAAGAAAAUUGGACUUUGUGUAGUCUACUUACCUCCGCCAGUAAAAUUAGAAAUUUUAAAAAAAUUUUUGGAAGGUGUUGAUUGUGUUACCAAUCAUGUUGAUGACAUAGUCGUGUUAGGAGAUUUUAACAUGGGUUUUAUUAAAUGGUGUUCUAAUGAUAACAACUCAUACAUGACUCCGUCAAAUUAUAAUAACACUCUUGGAUACUCAUUGGUAGAUUUUAUGUCUAUAAACAAUCUAUAUCAAUUUAAUUGUAUAAGUAAUUGUGACGAUAGACUCUUGGAUUUGGUAUUUAGUAACUUACUUAACAUAGUUGUUACGCAGCCCUCUAACCCACUUAGUAAAUUAGAUUCAUAUCAUCCAAACCUUUUAAUAAGUAUCGAAUAUUCUAAUAUCUCCUACCUGCGUCCUAAGAGUUGUGUCGUUUACAAUUACUUCAAAGCUGACUUUGAUACUAUUGUUAAAGAAACUAAAAAUACAGACUGGUUACACGAAUUUUCUACCUGUACAGAUGUUGAUGCCAUGGUACGGACAUUUUAUGAAUGCCUAUCUAACAUAAUCAAAAAAUCAGUUCCUAAACGUAAGCUGAAUUCAACAAAAUACCCUUCUUGGUUCAAGCGCAAUUUAAUUAAAUUAAUAUCUGAAAAAGAUAAGCUCCAUAGAAAAUAUCGUAUUUACAAAAAUCCCAGAGAUAAAUUGGAAUUCCAGAUUAUUCGCAGUCGCUGUCAUAAACUUCUUGAUAUUAACCUUAACGAUUUUAAACAAAAUGCCGAAUCUAACAUCUCUAAAAAUCCAAAAUACUUCUGGAACUACUUCAAAAAUAAAAAGAAAGGUGAAUCAUCCUUACCCGGGUCUAUGAAACUGGAAAACAAAGUUGCAAAAUCAGGAACAGAAAUAGCAAAUCUGUUUGCAAACCAUUUCUCCUCUAUUUACACCCAAACAACUGGCUCUAUGACACUAGUAUCGCAAUGCAGUAGCAACAUUUCACAGAUGUCCAAAAUAAAAUUCGUAGAAGCAGAAGUACUAAAGCAAAUCAAGUCUUUAGAUCCCCAAAAGGGAGCGGGUCCUGACGGCAUUCCUCCUAUAUUUCUUAAGCGUUGCGGGCCAGGAAUCGCUUUGCCUUUGACACUUAUUUUUAAUCGAUCCCUAGAGGAUGGCAUCUUCCCAGAAGAAUGGAAAAAAGCACGCAUUGUUCCAGUAUUUAAGAAAGGAGAUCGGAUGGACAUAAAAAAUUACCGCCCUAUCUCAAUUCUCUCAUGCUUUUCUAAACUUUUUGAAAGUCUUGUGCAACCCACGCUUGCCAGACACCUAGAUAAUUUCCUCACAAGCUC